CUCGAGGAGUAGCAGGAUAGUGUAGUCCCCGAGAUGAGAGAUGCUAGAGGUUGGCAUUGUUUUCAUUGACACUUUGUGAAAAUUUCCCCAGUAUGUCGCCGCACGCGGCGAAUAUGUCUGAAAAGAAAUGCAGAGCAAGGAUUUGGUGAAAAGGAAGCGCAGAAAUGAGCAUCUUGCUGUGGGAGAUCUGAUCAAUCGUGCAGUGCCAAAAGAAACGAGAAUUAUUUCACCGAAUCCAGGCUAGUGUCAGUGCAAGUUUCGACUCUAAUCUGGGUUAUAAUAUAUUUUGUGGCCAUGACGUUGCGUGGCGCUAGCAGAACGCUUCGGCCUCCUUCAGGCGCCACUUGUCGGCUUCCAUUGUGCAGUGCCAGCUACCCUGUCCCGACUAAGUCCGAUCCCAUCCAGCUCAUAUAUCAAGCCUUAUCUCAUCACUGCCCAUUGAACUCCCAGAGCUACGUUUGUCAAUUCCAGAUUUCAAGUUUUUGUGCAAGCAGGUUGAUAUCGCAAGCAGGUUGGUAUCCCAACAGCAAAUUGAGCGAGUUUGAUAACCAUGGAUCCGAAUGUUGAAUACAGUGGAGAAGGGAACAAGUAUGGAGUUGCGAAGUCGGUCACCGACGUCGAGGAAAAGUCUACUCCGCAGUCAGAGAAUGUAGAGACUGAGUCCAGAGGCCUGUUCGGAUUUGGGGGUCGAUCUGACACCUCCAGCAGCUCCGAAUCGGAGUCAGAAGAGGGAAAGGACCGGCAGAGGCGUCGUCGUGAUGAAAGAGCUGCACGUAAGCGCCCAACUACAAUGACCACGACCGAGGAGCAUACUACUGUUGGAGCUGGUACCACGGAGGGAGCACCUCAUAAAGUCAAAGCUGCCAAUGAAACAGGAACUGAUUACUCCUUGGAUUCAAUCGAAGGCGGUAAUCCAACCGGAGGAACUAACUACUCUGGUGCAAGCAUGGAGACGGGACACCCGACGGGAGGCACCGACUACUCGGGUGCAUCGGCAGAAGGGGGACAUCCCACCGGGGGCACGGACUACUCCGGCGCCGAUCUCGGCCUUCCUAAGCCCACUCCAGGCUACGGCACCACCGGCUACUCGGCCGAAGAAAAAUCCAACAACGGUCAGAAGAAGCACCACGGAUUCUUUGGCUAGAAGAUUUGGAACAUAUGCUCAUCAAAGCACCGAAACGGAACAUUGGGGCGGUAGCCCCGUGAUCGGGAUUGGUUGUGAACAAUCGUGUAACUUAAAUAUUUGGGCGAUCUGUAAAUGUCACCGAAGCCACGGGACCGAAUGAACUAUACUUUUGCAGGUCUCGGCGUUGUUCGAGCUGCGCUACUCAAAUGAAACGAGAUAAUUAUGCUGAUUAUGUGUACUCAAAUAAAGAUUUUCUAUCUGUAAAAA